AUGCGAAAGUCGUGGCAUUUUGUGGAACGAUCAUUUUCAAGUUCCAUUGGUCGAACUCAAUCUUUUUUACGCAGGGGAUCAGUAGUGCAAUCAAACGUUUUGGUGUCACUGGCCAUGCUAGUGGAACGACAAGCCAGUGAAUACUGUCAAGCUCUUGUCGUUUCCAUAUUUGUAAAUCCUUCGCAAUUCGCACCCCAUGAAGACCUUGAAAAGUAUCCACGUACAUUAUCCGAUGAUCUUAACAAACUAAACUCUAUUGAUUGCGUCGACGCGGUGUUUCUUCCAGAAGUGGAUGACAUUUACCCGGCAGGAAUUCCACUAGACGUUGAAAAACAACAAGGAACCUUCGUAGAAGUAAAGGGAAAAUCUCACCAAAUGGAAGGCCAAUCUCGUCCAACAUUUUUUCGUGGCGUUGCAACAGUAGUUACAAAAUUAUUCAACAUUGUUCAACCAGAUCAUACAUUCUUUGGUCAGAAAGAUAUCCAGCAAUGCAUAGUUAUUAAGAACAUGAUCCGAGACUUACAUUUUCCAAUAGAAAUGCAUGUUGGACCUACUAUCAGAGAGGAAGAUGGAUUGGCUAUGAGUUCUCGUAAUAAAUACCUCACCCCUGAAAUGCGGAACGUUGCCAUCACCCUAUAUCGAUGUUUAAAUGAGACAAAAGAAUUCUUUGAAAAUAAUAAUAUUCGAGACCGCAAGAGCCUUCUUGGUCCGGCUUAUGAACUCGUCGAUCGCGUUGCUAAAGACAUGGAAAGUAGAAAACUCGGAUUUUCUGUGAAAUUGGAUUAUCUCUCACUGGCAGAUCCUGAUACAUUACUAGAGCUUGAUGAAAUCGGAGAAAAGGGGGCCAUUCUGUCGGGCGCAUUAUAC